GUAAUCGUUGAAACUCUCAUCCCUACGUCGCAUCAUUGUCGCUCACGUUAAAAUAUUGUGAUUAUUUUUUCACUUUGGAAAUAAAUUUGGUUUUUGGAGAAAACAAGUUACACAAGCAACAACAGCGUACUCGUUGUCCAAGUUAUAAGCUCUAAGAAGAGAAAAAGUAUAAAAAACAAAUAAUAAUGGCUGAUAAUGAUGAUCUUCUCGAUUACGAGGAUGAGGAGCAGACCGAGACCACUGCGGUGGAGAAUCGUGAGGCUCCCAAAAAAGACGUGAAGGGUACUUAUGUGUCUAUACACAGUUCUGGAUUUCGUGAUUUCUUGCUGAAGCCGGAAAUCUUGCGUGCAAUUGUUGACUGCGGUUUUGAGCAUCCAUCCGAAGUUCAGCACGAAUGCAUUCCGCAGGCUGUACUGGGCAUGGAUAUUCUAUGCCAGGCCAAAUCCGGUAUGGGCAAAACGGCUGUUUUUGUGUUAGCCACAUUGCAGCAGCUUGAACCAUCCGAUAAUAAUACCUGUCAUGUAUUGGUUAUGUGUCACACCCGUGAGCUGGCAUUCCAGAUUAGCAAAGAGUAUGAGCGUUUCUCCAAGUAUAUGCCCACAGUUAAGGUUGCUGUCUUCUUUGGCGGUUUGGCAAUCCAAAAAGACGAGGAAACUCUGAAGAGUGGCACCCCCCACAUUGUCGUUGGUACACCUGGUCGUAUUUUGGCUUUGAUACGUAACAAAAAACUGAAUUUGAAGCAUUUAAAACAUUUUGUUCUCGAUGAGUGUGACAAGAUGUUGGAACAGCUAGAUAUGCGUCGCGAUGUUCAAGAGAUAUUCCGCAGCACACCACACGGCAAACAAGUUAUGAUGUUCUCUGCUACAUUGAGCAAAGACAUACGUCCCGUAUGCAAAAAGUUUAUGCAAGAUCCCAUGGAAGUGUACGUUGAUGAUGAGGCCAAACUGACUCUGCAUGGUCUGCAACAGCACUACAACAAUCUCAAGGAGAACGAGAAGAACAAGAAGCUGUUCGAAUUGCUCGAUGUACUCGAGUUUAAUCAGGUUGUUAUUUUCGUCAAGUCUGUUCAGCGAUGUGUGGCCUUGGCGCAAUUGCUAACUGAGCAAAAUUUCCCAGCCAUUGGUAUACAUCGUGGCAUGUCACAGGAGGAGCGUCUGAAUCGUUAUCAACAAUUCAAAGAUUUCCAGAAACGUAUUCUAGUGGCUACCAAUCUGUUUGGUCGUGGCAUGGAUAUUGAGCGUGUUAAUAUUGUAUUCAAUUAUGAUAUGCCUGAGGAUUCGGAUACAUAUUUGCAUCGUGUGGCACGUGCUGGUCGUUUCGGUACCAAGGGUCUAGCCAUUACAUUUGUCUCCGACGAGAAUGAUGCCAAGAUACUUAACGAAGUACAGGAUCGUUUUGAUGUCAAUAUUACUGAGCUGCCGGAGGAAAUUGAUUUAUCCUCAUACAUUGAAGGACGCUAGAGUGGAUUUAAGUAACAACAAAAACAUAAGAAUUAAAUGCACCCUAAUUAGAAAAACGAAAAAACAAAAUAAUGCUACCAUUUUUAUAAAUUCUACUUUAUAACUAAUAAAAUAAAUCAAUCAGACAAUGUGUACAAAAACAA